ACUUUACGUCCCUGUGGAUACUUUUGUGCAUAUGUAUGUUUUUGACUCGCCUGCAUUUUGUUCCGACUAUAUUUUGACAAGAAACUUAUCUUCAGUGGAUAUUUUAAUUUUUUAGCAUGAAUAAUCAAAGACCUCCACGAUUGAAACAGCUGUCUGGAGCUGCUGGGAGAAAAAGAGCGAUGAUUCGGAAUAAAAACGAAAGCAAAAACAAACGAACGCUUUUAGAUUGCGUUCGUUGGACAAAAAUCGAAGAUAAAUGCAAGCAGUUCAAUGAUAUUGAGAUCGGUAUCAAUGACUCUAAUGAGUUGCCAGACCAUAAUUCCGACAAACUUUUUCUUGCCGAUGACAUCGAUGACUCCCAAAAAACAUCAUCACAUUUAAAAAAGGAUCAGUUGGAUUUUGUACUUGAUUGUCACAAUGACCAACAAAUUUAUAAAAGUGAUCUUUCUAUACCAAUCUCUAACGAUCCUGCACUAUGGAAAUCAAUAUCAGACACUGAUCGAACGAAUAUAAUUCUGAUGGGACCUUCUUCAAAUCCUAGCAAUUUUCCAAGAGAUCAAAAAGAACGCAAAUUCCCUAUUUAUAUCUUUUUAGAGGAACAAAGAAACGGAGAAAAAGUUAAAAGAGAUUGGCUCGUUUGGAGUAAGGCUAUGGCAUCACUCUUUUGUUUCCCUUGCUCCCUUUUUGGAUCGCCUAACUUAACCAGACCCGGUGUUCAAUCCAGUUUGUUGUCUUGGAAUGGAGGAUCCAAUCAAAAAUUGAUCAAAAAUGAGAAUGGAAACUUCCUUGGAGCGCUCGAAUUAAUUGCUCGCCACAACAAAACAUUACAAGAUCAUAUGCAUCUUAUUGCUAAGCACCAAGAAGAAGAAAAACGCAUGCAAGCUCAUUAUUUAUCUUGGAAAUCACAAAAUGAAUUUUUCAAGGAAUGCGGCAAAUUAGUGGUUCGAGAAGUUAUUCGAGAAAUCAAAAAAUCAAUAUAUCUCACCAUCAUCACCGACAGCACUCCCGAUUCGUCCCACAGCGAGAAAAUAACUUUUGUUUUUCGUUUUUUGCAUUUCAAUGAUAAUCAGCUGUGGGAGGUCAAAGAAAGAUUCCUUAAGCUAGAAAAACUUAAAAAGAAGAAGGGAUCUGAUAUAACAAAGUUGAUAUUGAAUGUGUUGGAAGAGAAUGAGCUCGACAUAAAAAAUUGUCGUGGUCAAGGCUAA